UGGGGGAUUGGACGGGGGGAAGUGGGGGAUUGGACGGGUGGAAGUAGGGGAUUGGACCGGGGGAAGUGGGGGAUUGGAUGGGGGGGAGUGGGGGAUUGGACAGGGGGCAGUGGGGGAUUGGACGGGGGGAAGUGGGGGAUUGGACGGGGGAAAGUGGGAGAUUAGACGGGGGAAAGUGGGGGAUUGGACGGGGGAAAGUGUGGGAUUGGACGGGGGAAAUUGGGGGAAAAGGUGGGUGGGAUUGGGGGAAUGGACGGGAGGGAAUUGGGGAAUGGACGAGUGGGAGUGGGGGAAUGGACGAGUGGGAGUGCGGGAAUGGGCGAGGGGGAGUGGGGGAAAGGACGUGGGGGAGUGGGGUAAAGGACGAGGGGGAGUGGGAGAAAGGGCAGGUGGGAGUUAG